GGCGUGCCCUGUGCGCUGAUUGGUCGGAAGCUACAACUACUGGGGCCCGCGGAAAACGCGCGCGGAGACCUGCACCUGCAGACCUCGUUCCUGCAGCUGGUGGUGGCAGCCAAGUUGGCAUGGAUUUCAGAGAGCUGGAGAGAGACAAUAUGGGCCGCUGUCGCCUGAACUCGCCUGUGCCCGCAGUGUGCCGCAAGGAGCCGUGCGUCCUGGGUGUCGAUGAAGCAGGCCGGGGCCCGGUGCUGGGCCCCAUGGUCUACGCCAUUUGUUAUUGUCCCCUGUCGCGCCUGGCAGAUCUGGAGGCCCUGAAAGUGGCAGACUCAAAGACCCUGUCGGAGAGCGAGCGGGACAGACUCUUUGCGAAAAUGGAGGAAGAUGGGGACUUUGUGGGCUGGGCACUGGACGUGCUGUCUCCAAACCUUAUCUCUACCAGCAUGCUUGGGCGGGUCAAAUACAAUCUGAACUCUCUGUCCCAUGAUACCGCUGUUGGGCUGGUGCAGCAUGCAUUGGACCAGGGUGUGAAAGUUGUUCAGGUAUUUGUGGACACUGUGGGACUACCAGAAACAUACCAGGAACGGUUGCAGCAGCGCUUUCCUAGUAUUGAGGUGACAGUCAAGGCCAAGGCAGAUGCCCUCUACCCUGUGGUCAGUGCUGCCAGCAUCUGUGCCAAGGUGGCCCGAGACCAGGCCGUGAAGAACUGGCAGUUUGUGGAAAAACUACAGGACCUAGACACCAAUUAUGGCUCAGGCUACCCCAAUGAUCCCAAGACGAAAGUAUGGUUGAGGAAGCAUGUGGAGCCUGUGUUUGGCUUUCCCCAGUUUGUCCGGUUCAGUUGGCGCACGGCGCAGAGCAUCCUGGAGAAGGAGGCGGAAAGCAUUCUGUGGGAGGACUUGCCAACAGGGGAUCAGGAGGGAUUAGGGAGGAUUACAUCCUAUUUCAACGAAAGCCCUCGAAACUGCCCCCAUCUCCCCCAUCGGUACUUCCAGGAGCGCGGCCUAGAGUCAGCCACCACUCUCUAGGAACCAGCCUGUACCCUAUUUACCCUCAGUUUGUGAUUAAAAUUGCUUAAGGAAAG